AUGUCGGCCAACCAACUACUACAACUUUCCCUGGAAAAGGCACAAGCUGUCUUUUCGCAGCUGCCUCCUGGUGUACAGGGAUUCCUCGCAAAUCCGCUUACACGCAAGGCAAUUCUACUCGUGACGGCGUUUAAGCUAUUGAAAGGCGUGAACGGCUACCUGUCCAAGCAGGUCCAGAAUAACUGGGUGCGGGCGCGUCCAUGGAACCCACAGAACGAGUUGGCUAUUCUCACAGGAGGAAGUAGUGGGAUUGGCAAGCAGAUUAUGCAUGACUUGACCAAGCUGAAUGUCAAGAUCGUUAUCUAUGAUAUCCAGGAACCUACAUUUCCCUUGCCACCCAAUGUCUUCUUCUACAAAGUGGACCUCACGUCCUCCGCUGCAAUCAAAGAGGUAGCGACACAAACACGCAAAGACCACGGCCACCCCACAAUCCUAAUCAACAACGCCGGCGUUGGCUUCGGCGGAUCAAUCCUGGAGGAACCGGAAGAGAAGAUCCGCUUGACGCUGGAAGUCAACACGCUCGCCCAUUUCUGGACCGUCAAGGAGUUCCUCCCCAGUAUGAUCCAGAAUGACCACGGGCACGUCGUGUCCGUCGCCAGUAUGGCUAGCUUCGCGGGCCUAGGCGAGAUGGCGGACUACGCAGCCUCCAAGGCCGCGGCGCUUGCAUUCCACGAGAGUCUGAGCCAGGAGAUUAGGCACUGGUAUAAGUCGAAGCGGGUGCGCGCGAGUAUCAUCCACCCACUCUGGGUUCAAACGCCCCUGAUCGAAGAGCUCGUCGAGUACCGCGCGCAGUUCAAGCAGCCGAUCAUGACGCCCGAGAAGGUCUCCCAGGCAGUCGUCAAACAACUCGUCAGCCAGAACUCGGGGCAGGUUGUUGUCCCGUCUACGCACGGGGCGGCGUCGUUGCUGCGGGGGUUUCCCAACUGGAUCCAGGAACGCUUGCGAGAUCACUCCUCGGGGGCGUUCCUUCGGUUGCGACAGAUGGAGCAGGAGCUGGGAGGUGUGGAUGGAAAGCGGGGGGCGAUGACCUGA